GCCGCCCUUAAUUAUUGUCGGCGCAGGGCUCUGUUAAUAAUAUAAGAAGAAUUGUCAUUAAAAAAAUAAACUAAACUAAAUAAUUGCCCAUUAAAUUUUUUAUUUGACAUAAUGGACAAUUUUAAUUUGAAUGGUUCUCAAAUUUCACGAGGGGAGUUUUUUCAAAUGCUCCUUCGUGUUUCUAUUGCAUCGGUUAUAACAUACUAUUCUGUAAAAUGGAUGAUGAACCAGAUAGAUCCUACAAGUAAAAGCAAAAAGAAAGCAAAAAUUAGGGCAGAAGAGCAGCUUAAACGUCUAAGUGGAGAAGGAGAGUUCAAAAUUAGUGCCCAACAAUUUAAUGAUUAUGAAUUAAUGAUUGCUUCACAUAUCGUUGUGCCUAGUGACAUUUCAGUAAGUUGGAGUGAUAUUGCUGGAUUAGAUAGUAUUGUACAAGAAUUGCGUGAAUCUGUAGUGCUUCCUGUUCGUCACCGUGGGCUUUUCAAUCAGUCUAAGUUGUGGCAAGCACCCAAAGGUGUACUGCUCCAUGGACCGCCUGGUUGUGGAAAAACUUUAAUUGCAAAGGCGACAGCAAAAGAAGCUGGAAUGCGAUUUAUAAACUUAGAUGUUGCAAUUCUGACCGACAAAUGGUACGGGGAAUCGCAAAAGCUUGCUUCUGCGGUCUUUUCGCUUGCAUUAAAAAUUCAGCCAUGCAUAGUAUUCAUAGAUGAAAUUGACUCCUUUUUAAGAAGUCGCAAUUCAAACGACCAUGAAGCAACAGCUAUGAUGAAAACACAAUUUAUGAUGCUUUGGGAUGGUUUAAAUACAAAUAACGAAGCGACAGUUAUUGUAAUGGGAGCGACGAAUAGGCCACAAGAUUUAGACAAGGCAAUUUUAAGACGAAUGCCUGCACAAUUUCAUAUUGGUCUACCUGGUGCAGAUCAACGCCUACAAAUUUUGCGACUUAUAUUAAAUUCUGAAAUUGUUCAUGAUUCUGUGGAUUUUAACCGUUUAGCAAAGAUAACCAAUUCUUUUUCCGGAUCAGAUUUGAGAGAAAUGUGUCGAAAUGCAUCUGUCCUUCGAAUGAGACAGUUUAUGCGCCUUAAUGAAAAUAGAGUUAUUGCACAAAGUAUUGAAUCGCCGGCUCAGUUAAAUAAUUACAACGUUUCUAAUAAUGAAUUAUUAGCUAUAACUAUGGAUGAUUUAUUAAAAUCGUAUGAUAAAAUGAAGGAAUCGAAAAUGCAUACUGGGCAAUUGUUAAUGGAAAACAGAAUUGAAUUAGACUAAACAUAAUUAUUUAAUUUCUACCUUAAUUGAAUUAACUUUUAUAUGUUUUAGAAUAAUGUAAAAAGCUUUGCCUUUAUUAAUGCAUUCAGGUUUAUUCAGCUUAUAAUGUGUACAUUAGACCGAUUCGCAAAAAAAAUUGAUAUGAUGAUACAUAAAUAUAUUCCGUUUAGCUUUAACGUUCUUGAGCUGGACCGUUUUCCAUUUCUAA